CAGAAGAGCUUCUGCGGCCUGAAUUAUCCAAAGCUCAAGAAUAUCAAGAAGAUAUACGACCCAGAUGAUCUCUUUUUCGGGAACGCGGCCGUGGGCAGCGAGGCUUGGGUCCAAGAUGGUGCCGGAAGGCUUUGCCGAUCCACGCCUCCACACUCACAGUAG